GAAAGUUGAGAAAUGUGAGAAAUCUGGGAGCUAAUAUAAAAAACUGUUUUUUUUCCUGAUUGUCUUCAAUUUUCUCUUUUUCCAUUUUUUCAACUUAUUUCAUCCACCAAUUGCUUAUUUUCAUAUAUAAUAGCUUGGUUUUCUUUCACUUUUUGAUUGGACUUUUCUUACCACCUGUCACUCCUCUCUAUACUGUCCUUUAUCUAACUGGGUAAAAGUUAACACAAGUCACUAGUCGAUAUAAACCACAAACCAUAAACCACAGUUUAUAAUUUUACAAGUUGUGUUUAUUUCUCCCCGAUUUGAAAAUUCACCCAAAAUCAAAUAAAAUCAAUAAAAAAAUAAAAAAUAUUACUUGAAAAAUUGCUCUUUCUUUUUUUUCUACUGCUUUUGAUUGAAAAUGGAUUCUAAACACCAAAAACUCCAUGAUGAUGACGAUGAUGAUAUAUUCAACAACUAUAUAAACCCAAAUCAACAACAACAAAAUUUAAUCAACAACCCAAUUCAACCUCCUUCAAACACCUACCAGCAACAGUCCACUUCCUAUAACGAUCCUAACACCAACUACUCAAACGAUAACUAUAACUCUUUUUAUGAUCCUCCUCAAAAUUCCUACAAUGAACAGGUUAUUCCAUUAAGAGACCUUAAUGAUAAACCUGCUGUUCAUAGUCUUUCUGAAAAUAUACCUCUUUCAAACCAAAAUACUUUAAACCCAACUAACCAAAAUCAAAACGUUUUUCAACCAACUUCCCAAUCAAAUACUUUAGUAAAUCCCUUUGACUCAAACAACUCUUUUGCUUAUACCAAUAACAAUUCCUUCAAUAACUCUUUUCUUGAUCAAAAUCAAAAUACUGCUUACAUCUCUCCCUUCGAUACUAACAAUACCAUUAAUAACAACAACCCCAAUCAACAAUCUCCUUUUAACCAAUCAAUUGACUCAUAUCCUCCUCCUCCUCCUCCUCCUUCCUCUUUACCUUCUCAACAAACUGAUGGCUUCCUACAAAAUUUAUUCUACUCAAAUAAUAAUAACUCAUCCUUCUUAGACGACGUUAACAAUGAUCCUGAUUUUCAAGUCCAAUUCCCCGUCCAAGGUGAUUCCUACGAAUUGUAUAAGCCAAUCACUGUAUCUCAAAAUCAAAACUUAUUACCUGAUCAAACCGGUUAUAUCCCACCAAAUAAUAAUGCCAAUGGUGAAGGCAAUAGUGAUGAUGAUGAUGAUAAUAACGAUGAUGAUAAUGAUGAUAACGAUGACGACGACGAAAACGAUCAAGAAAAGAAAAAUACUUUUGUUAGAACAUUUUUAGGUAAUUUCGUUUUAGAUUGUCCAGUUCCAUCCAAUUUAUUGAAAAAUUAUAAACAUGAGCACUCAGAAAGAGAAUUUUGUUACAUGAGAUAUUCUGCUGCAACUUGCGACCCUCAUAAUUUCACUAGAAAUAAAUUUAGUUUAAGACAAACCUUUUUUCAACCAAGAAGACCAACAGAAUUAUUAAUUGUAGUCACAAUGUAUAACGAAGAAGAUCACCUUUUAGGCAGAACUUUAAGAGGUGUCAUGAACAACAUUAAAUACAUUUGCAACAAAGGUGAAAAAGAUACUUGGGGCCCCGAUGGUUGGAAAAAAAUUGUAGUUUGUGUCGUCAGUGAUGGUAGAACUAAAAUCAAUAAAAGAUCUAAAGCUUUAUUAUCAACUCUAGGCUGUUACCAAGAAGGUUUUGCUAGAAGUAGAGUUAAUGAAAAGGACGUCACUGCUCAUCUUUAUGAAUAUACUUCUUUAGUUGGUAUUAAAACUGUCAAAGAUGGCGUGGUCCAGUUUGAUAACCAAAAUGCCAUUCCUGUUCAAUUUCUAUUUUGUUUAAAAGAAAAUAACCAAAAAAAGAUUAACUCUCAUAGAUGGUGUUUUGAAGCCUUUUGUCCAAUUCUUGAUCCUGAAGUCGUGGUCCUAUUGGAUGCUGGAACUGAACCUUCUGAUAAGUCAAUUUACCACCUUUGGAAAUGCUUUAAAUAUAACCCUCAAGUCGGUGGUGCUUGUGGUGAAAUUAAAGCUCUUUUAGGUCCAAAGGGUAAAUACCUACUAAAUCCUUUAGUUGCUGGUCAGAAUUUCGAAUAUAAAAUGUCAAAUAUCUUAGAUAAACCAACUGAAUCUGUCUUUGGUUUUAUCUCUGUUUUACCUGGUGCUUUUAGUGCCUAUAGACUUAACGCCGUUAGAAAUAAUGAACUUGGUGAAGGGCCAUUAAAAGAAUAUUUUAAAGGUGAAACUUUACAUAACGAACCAACCGCUGGUAUCUUUACUAAAAACAUGUAUUUAGCUGAAGAUCGUAUUUUAUGUUUUGAAAUUGUUAGCAAAAAAAGAAGUAACUGGGUUUUAAGAUAUGUUAAAUCCGCUUCUGCUAAAACUGAUGUUCCUGAUCAACUUGAUGAAUUUAUCCUACAAAGAAGACGUUGGUUAAAUGGUUCAUUUUUUGCUGCGGUUUACUCUGUCUUUCACUUCCAUAGAAUUUACACUUCUGGUCAUUCAAUUCCCAGAAAAUUCUUACUAACAAUUGAAGGAUUGUAUAACUUGGUUAACUUGAUUCUUUCUUGGUUUUCUUUAGGUUGUUAUUUUCUUGUUUUCAGAAUUUUAACAUUAGCAUUAGCUGAUCCUGAUAUCAACUUUGCUCCUGGUAAUGUUCUUGCUUUAAUAUUUUUAUGGUUAUAUGUUGCUUCUACUGUUUCUGUUUUUGUCUGUGCUUUUGGUAAUACUCCAAAGGGUACCAAAAAAAUGUAUAUUACAAUUGUUGUCUUUUAUGCCAUUUUAAUGAUUUACAUGUUUUUUGCUGCCAUAUUUUUGAGUGUUAAAUCUGUUCAGCUGCUUAUUAAUGAACAGGAGGAUGGUCACGUCUCAUUUACAGAUAUUGUAAAUAAUUCAACUGUUAGAAAUUUGGUCAUUUCGUUAUUAUCCACAUAUGUGCUUUAUUUCCUUGCUUCGUUUUUGUAUGCCGAACCAUGGCACAUGUUUACCUCAUUUUUACAAUAUAUUCUAUUAUCCCCAUCUUAUAUUAAUGUUUUGAAUAUUUAUGCAUUCUGUAAUAUUCAUGAUAUUUCUUGGGGUACAAAAGGUGAUGAUGGACAUAAAGAAGAUUUGGGAGCUGUUAAAGUCAAUGAAAAUGGUGUUUUUGAAUUGGUGCUUCCUACAACUGAUGAACAAAUAAACGCUUCGUAUUCUGAACAAGCAAGAAUCAUAGCAGAAAAAGAAAUAAUAGUUGAAAGAGUUAAAACAGAUGAAGAAAAAUCAAAAGAUGACUAUGCAUUUUAUAGAACUGCUGUUGUCUUGUUAUGGAUGGCUACAAACUUUAUUAUUAUUGCAGUUGUCUUGAAUACGGGUGGUAUCUCAGAAUUAAAUGAAAUUGACACCUCUAGUAGAAAAUUGAUUAAACGUGGCUUUAACUUGUUUAGGAGAAUGGCAGCAGAUACUGCUACUGACACUGCUACUGCUGAUACUACUGACACCGCUGACACUACUGCUACCGAAACAACUACUACAACUGAGGCAACAUUAAGUAUUACAGACAAAAAUUCUCAAAUAUUUUUAGGUAUUAUUUUAUGGCUUGUUGCAUUUAUGGCUGCGUUCAGGUUUGUUGGUUGUUUUAUUUAUUUGAUAUUACAUUACAGUGGAAGAUAAAUUGUUUAAAUUCUUUUUAUAGACUUUUUUUAUCAGACUGAUUUUUUGUUAUCUUUUUGUUACCUUUUUGUCAUUGUUUUUUUUUUGCAUUACUGCUUGUUUUAUUGAAUGUGUUUUAAUAUUUAUUUUAGGAAUUGAUUUGUA